AUGGCAUCCAUCUUGGCAGUAUGUACUGGAGCCGAACACGAACAUCGGACACACAUGUGCUCAACGGAAGGAAACAUCUGCUCAGAGAACGCGGCUACCGUAUGCCGGAACAACACAUGCGUCUCGGCGUGUUCACUUCGAGGGAUGCAGGAGUGCGAGUGCGACGCCGAGGAGGACAACUAUUGCUAUUUGUGCUGCGGAAACUCGGAACAUCAGUGUAUGGCGGCCCAUCAUCAUAAUAUACUACGACCAAACGGUGAACGAUGGGAGCGAGAAGCGUGCUCCAGAUGUCGAAUGCAUGGCGCCGAGCUGGAAGGUCUGCCGUGCGAUGAUACCGACUCGGCGAGACUUUGCAUUGGAGGCCGCUGUUCAAACUCCGUGUGUCAUACUAAAUCAUCAGGUUCCGUGUGUGAUCGAAAAAUGGAAAAAUUAUGCGUCGAUAACACUUGUGAGAACCCAUGUGCUCGAUAUGCACCACAUUUAAUGGUAUGCGAUUGUCCAUCGAUAGAUCAGGAUACAGGAUUUGCGUCAGAAGAUCGAUGUCAACUAUGUUGUUAUGAUUUUAAUUUGAAACCAACAAAUCGACGAUGCCAAAAUGCCUAUCGAAAAUACAAAAUCAUGGAUAUGUUCCAAAAACCAAUCUGGCGUGUCGGUCUAGAAUGUGCCGGUGGAAAAGUAUGCAACAAGUACGGCGUCUGUUCAUCAUCCCAUCUCUCUUUCCUGCUCCCAUUCUUUUUUGUAAUUAUUGUCUCACUCAUCUCACUGUGUUAA